AUGACAACAACAACUACUUCGACAACUGUUGUCAAUGCCUCUGAUAUAUUGGAUAACAACAAGUUUGGUUCAGGACAUUUGGUUGAGAAGGACGAUACACUCAUCUACGAUCUUAAGAAUCUAUGUGCAUUCGAUCACUCCAGUAUAAAUAGAGCAGAGUUUAAAGAGGAUGAAGAGGAGUAUUUAAAGAAGUUGUCAAGAGAUAAUGUACAGUUGUUGAUCACUAGAUUGUUCCAAUUGCCAAUCAAGGUCAUCGAAGAGGGUGCCAUGGCUCUGUUGCCAAGUGACCUAAAGAUAACUACACCAAUUCCAAGAGAGAAGCCUUUGCCAGUCAAUCAACAACAGACCAAGUGGGAGGCAUUUGCCGCUCUCAAGGGUAUCCAGAAGAAAGGAAAGAAGUCAAGAAUGGAGUGGGACGAACAUUAUCAAGAGUACAGACAAUCCUACGGUGCCAACCGUGCCAAUAAGGAUGAGGACUAUAUCAUUGAAGCUAAAGCAGGUGAUAAGGUUGGAGAUGAUCCAUUCGAUAGAAGAGACGAUGAUAAGAAACAACGUGUGGAGAAGCAGAAGAAGAGAGAGUUGAGAAACUUGGAGACUACAUCGAUGCGUUCGAACGCAGGCAUUGGCAAGGUGAAGGACUUUAGCAAGGAUAAUAGAAUCCAGAUGAAGACUGAUAUCAACAACACAUUCAAUGUGGCCAAGAUCAGCACGGCCAGUUUGGGCAAGUUUGACAAGCAGUUGGACGGCGAGCGUUCUGCACCAUCGCGUAACGUCAAGAAGCUGACUGGUCUGGGCGAGGACGGCAACGUCGAGGCCGAGAGCAAGUCCAACAUGAAGCUGUUGGACCGUAUGCUCAACAAGGAGCCACAGAUCAACGUCGACAAGGCCACCAGCCAGUUCAUCCAAAAGGAGCAAAAGGAAUCCUACAAGAAGAAGUUCGAUGGUAGACCAAACAAGAAGCAGAGGAAAUAA